AUGCGGCGACCAUCACGAUUGUCAUCAUUUGCUUCAGCUGAAACUCGUAUUCAUUUCCGUAUAGAUCGCGAACGCCUUUCCGCUGCCUCCGAAGAGAGUAGUGACACAUCGAGUGUUUCACCCGUACUUAGUUCUCAAGGACUCAUACCAGGAACAACAGCUAGUUCACGUCGAAUUGGUCAACGAUUCAUUAUCCUUCAUUAUUCACCUUUUAAAGCGGUAUGGGACUGGGUUGUUAUUUUACUCGUGUUAUACACAGGAAUCAUCACGCCAUAUACAAUUUCAUUUCUAUCUGAUGAAGAUCAAAAACGAUCGAAUUUGAAUGCACAAGCAUCAACCAGAGAAUUCAAUCGAGAAAGAACGAGUACUCAUUUGCUCGUUGUCAUCGAUGUGCUGGUAGAUACGGUCUUUAUUCUUGAUAUUUUAAUUAGCUUUCGAACGACGUUUGUUUUGAAAGAAACUAAUGAAGUAAUAACCAGUCCAAUUUUAAUUGCCAAACAUUUCGUUAUUGAUUCCUGGAGACGUUUCGGUGCUGAUGUUCUCGGCGCUCUACCAUGGGAUAUUCUUUUCUAUGGCAAUGGAAGUCAUUCCACAAUGCGUCUGGCAAACUGUUUUAAAUUAGCACGUCUUUUACGUUUAAUCGAAUUCAUUCGAAAUUUUCAAAACACCGAAUAUCGCUCUGCUGUCCUGAUCUUUCUUAUGCUUCUCUUCGCUAUUGCUGCACACUGGCUCGCAUGUAUCUUUCAUUUUAUUGCUAUUCUUGAAAGGCCGAAUCUAUCCGUCAAAUAUUCUUGGUUAGAUCAUCUGGCACAGAAGUACGAAAUGCCAUACCUUGCUAAUGAUACAUUGAGUGGACCGGAUGUGAAAUCGAAAUAUUUAACAGCGCUUUUCUUUGCUAUGACAUCGCUGACAUCAGUUGGAUUUGGUAAUGUCGCCGCGAAUACGAACGGGGAGAAACUUUUCUCGAUUCUAUCAAUGUUAGCUGGCUCAUUUCUAAGUGCAUCUAUACUUGGAAGUGUAACAACAAUUAUUAUCAAAUUAUAUCAAGGUGCCGAAGAGUUAAAAGAAAUGAAGCAAAGUAUCGAUGAUUUUAUUAAGCAUCAUCGUGUUAAUAAACAAUUAGCUAAACGAAUGGAAGACUCGUUUGAACACGAAUGGAAAAACACGAAAGGUAUCGAUAUGAAUAGUAUACUGAAGACAUUUCCCGAAUGCAUUCAAGCCGAUAUAUGUUUACAUCUGAAUCGAGAACUUUUGAACAAUUGUCCGGUUUUUGAAGAUGCAAGUGAAGUUGCAUUGCGUGCGCUAGCUUUGCUUUUCAAAUCAACACAUGUUCCACCGAACGAUGCACUCAUUCAUCAAGGUGAUGUGAUUAAUUCAAUUUAUUUUAUUCGUGGUGGUCAAGUGGAAAUCUUACAAAACAAUGAACUACUGGCGAUACUCGGUCGGAAUGACACAUUUGGAGAAAAUCCUUUGCAUUCAAAAGUUGCAGAUAAAUCCAAAUGUGUUGUACGAGGUUUAACUUAUUGUACGUUGAAUCGAAUACAUCGUGAUGAUUUACUCUAUGUUUUACGAAUCUACCCGGACUUUGCAAAGUCAUUCAUCAAACGAUUUCGUCUAACAUUUGAUCUUCGACAGUGUGAAUUAAAUGAAUCUAAACCGUUUUAUAAAUUAGAUGCAGAUAUUCAGACGUUAAUCAAAGAACGUAACCCAAAAUUACAGAGAGAUCGACGAUUGAGUGUUUUAAGUCAACGAGAAGACGAAGCGAAUCGAUUAGCGAGUGUACGUUCGUAUCGUAGUCUUUGCAGAAGUGCCGAUCUAAGUAUUGCGAGAUCGACUAGUACGACAGUUGAACUAUCAGUGGAGCAAGCACAAAUAACCGCAGAACAUUUUGGCUUUUGUCGAGAAAGAAAGCAAACGACAUUAUCUAUUCCAUCAUCUCACAGUCUUUAUCCAAUAUUUCUCACCGUACCAAAAAUCACGACAGCUAUUUUUCCCGACAAAUCGAAUUCAGUGAAUAGUGGUGGAAAUGAUUCAAUACAAAAUAUGGUCGAUAUAGAUGUACAGCUGGCACAUUUACAGAAGCGUGUUGAUGGUCUUGAACGACUCAUUGAUGCGAAAAUGAAAGUUUUAUUUGAUACUGCCAACAGUCUGGCAUUGGCGAAUCUUCAACGACAAUGA